GAUGGAAGGACUGGAAAAUUCGUAAUCGGGAAUGACAGUUUCUCCGCAUCCCUCUUGGAUCUUCCCACUGUUGUAGAGUCUUACAAAACAUAUGACGACAAUGUGUUGAUCAAAACUGCAGAUAUUGGCCAGAUGAUAAUGGUGAGAGAAGAGGGUGACAAUGCAGAAACAGGGGAGUACAGGCAUGGGCUUACUCCACCAAUGAGGGAUGCUCGAAGGCGAAGAUUUAGGCGGGAGCCUGACUUAAAUCCGGAGCUUGUCCGUCGUGUCGAGAAAGAUUUGCAAAACAUCAUGGAUGGUGGAACAGCUGAGAAUAUUGAUAUCCUUUUAUUUCGCUACGCUUCA